AUGGAUACUGAGGAGACUACUACCGCUACUACAUCGACUGCUGUCACCACUGGCAAUGGAAAGAAGUCGACUAAAACAACAAAAAAGACAACGACCGUCGAGAAGAAACCAGUUGUAGAAGAACCAAUCGUUGAGAAGGAUGAUAUGGAGGAGAGCAGCAAAGUAGCUGAGAAAGAUGAGGAUAUAGAAGGAGAUGAAACUGCAGCUGCAGUUGAUGAUAAGAAAAAGAAGACAACCACCACCACCACAAAGAAAGGAAAGACAGCAAAGCCAGCUGCCACCUCUAAAGCAAAGAAACCAACCACUACCACCACCACAACAACAACAACAACAACCACCACCGCAGCACCAACAAAGAAACCAUCUUCAAUCACUAAAGAAAAGAAAGAUAAAGACGAUCAACCAAAGCUAUCAAGAGCCGAAGAACUUCAAUUGAAAUUAAGAAAAAUUGAAUGGAGAGAUUUAAUCCCAAUUGGAUUCGAAGUUAAAUCACUUGAAGCAAUGCAAAAGGAACCAUGGUCAUUCCACGAAUUGAAUCAUGCUUUGAGGGAAGGAUUCCUCUCAAAGAUUGAUCAUCCACUUUAUGUAUUCAUGGGUGCACAACCGAUUGUUGAAAAAAAGAUUGCAAUGAAUAUUCCAUAUAUUGUUGUGUUCGAUAGUAAGUCAGCACCACCUGAAAAGAUUGCUAAAGCAUCGAUUCAAAGUGGUGGUGAAGAGAUCUAUGACAUGAACGUCAGAUAUCCACUGACCUGGUCACCAUACAUCCGUUCCAAGCUUUCAAACAUGGAUUUCGGUAGAACUCACAAACCAAUCUAUGCACUCCAAUGGAAGAAGCGUACCAAUCAAAUGCCAGAAGAUAAAAUGGUUGAACUUCAAUAUCUCUUACCAUUUGUUAGAAUUCCAAAGAUUGCAAGAGAUGUUAAAUAUGUUGAUGUAAUGCAAGUUAGCUUUACAUUCGCUCCGUUGUUGAGUGAGGAGAAGUUGGCGGAGGAGAAGAAGAAAGCUGCCGCUCACUUGAAGAAGCGUGAGGAGGAAGCCGCCAAGAGUAUCAAAUACAGAAUUACCAAGGCCGAGAAGAAGGAGAUGGACGAAGCCAGCAAGUUGUUGGCAGAGGGUCGCAAGAAGAUCUUUUUCAUCUUUGACAAGGCCGUCGAUACCAUGAGCUCGUACACCGAGGAGAAACAAGAGGACGAAGGUCUCUCGGACGAGGGUAUCGAGGAGUUGAAGCAGAUGUUGCGUGACGAGUUUGCCAAGGCACGUGAAAUCAAGAAGAAGGCACACGCCUCGAUUGGCGAGGAAGUCGACGCCAUGACCGAGGAGAUGCGUGACAACUACGACAACUCGAAGUUGUACAAGUUCUACCCGAGUCACCCAGAGAUCGACGUCAGCCAGUUUGCCUCGAAGUUUGUCAACCGUUUCUUUGGCAAUGCCACCCAGACAUUCCCAGAGGAGGUCUCCAAGGAUCUGACCAAGAUUAAACUCGCCACCAAAGAGGAGUUGGCUCGUGAGAAAGAGGAAGCCGAACAAGAGAGACAGAGAUACGAAGAGUCAAAGAAGAAGUACGAGUUGGCCAUGGCUGCCAAGACUGCCACCGAAGAAAAGGAAAAGGAGAAAGAGAAAAAGACAACCGACACCAAAGAAACCAAAGAAACCAAAGAAACUACCACCACCGUAUUAAAGAAGAGAAAACAAGAAAAAGAAGAAAGUGAAGAUGAAAAGGAGGAAGAGAAAGAAGAAGAGAAAGAAAAGGAUAAAGAGGAAGAAGAAGAAGAAGAAGAAGAAGAAGAAGAGGAAGAGGAAGAAGAAAAACCAAAGAAAUCAACAAAGAAAUCAACAACAUCGAAAAAACCAACACCACCACCAAAGAAAACCGCUCCAUCUAAAAAAGAAACAAAAGAAACACAACCCAAAAAGAAAGCAAAAACAACAACAACAACAACUAAAUCAAAGAAAUAA